AUGUCUCGACUGAGCCUGGAAGAGAAAAUCCAGCAGAUCACGCCCGAUGGCUCGAUUGGAGGCACCUGCACUACUUUCACUACGGGAAAGCCGGAUAUUGGACUGCCGCCAUGGCUGUGGUUGGUUGAGACAAAUACAGGAGUUGAUUCUGCAUGCCCAGCCGAGAACCACUGUGUCACCAACUUUGUGGGGCCCCAGGGCAUGGCAGCAUCCUUCAACCGAACCUCUUGGCACCUCAAAGGUUAUGUGCUGGGAACCGAACAGCGGGCAUUGUCAAACAUUGGCGCUUCGAGAUUUCAUCAAGACCACAAGAAUCCAGUCUGCCUGACGGCCUUUGGGCCCAACAUCAAUAUCGUGCGAGACCCCCGCUUCGGGCGUAAUUCUGAGCUGGCAAGCGAGGACCCCUUCCUCAGUGGCACCUAUGCUGCUCAGAUGGUUUCAGGAAUGCAGCAGCGGGAUGAGAAAGGCUACAAAAAGACGGCCGCAUACCUCAAACACUACACUGCCUAUUCCACUGAAGCCAACAGGGGCCAUGACACGUACAAUAUCUCUCAGUAUGAUUUCUUUGAUACCUACUUGGCACAGUACAAGCUUGCCUUCACGGCUCAGCCCACAGGUGUUAUGUGUUCAUACAAUGCGGAGAAUGGACACCCUUCUUGUGCCAACGAGUUUAUUCUGAAUCAACAGCUGAGAAGCUGGAAGCCAGACGCCCACGUCACAAUAGACUGCGGCGCAGUAAACAACUUGAAAGGACCUCCAGUGAAUGCGCCGGAUGAUGCACAUGCAGCAGCUAUGGCGCUGAUGAAUGGAACCGACCUUGAGAUGGGAGACACACUCUUCACCUCUUUGUCCCAAGCCAUUGACAUGGGACUUGCCACCAAGCAAAGGUUGGAAGAGGCCGUGCGGCGUUCGUUCAAGGUGCACUUCGAGCUUGGAAGAUUUGACCCUGCAAAUGCAACAACUUGGGCGAAGUAUGGCUUGGCAGAUGUGAACCAUUCUAUGCACCAGCAGAUCUCGUAUGAAGCUGCACUGCAAAGCUUGGUUCUCCUGAAGAACGAGAAAGCUUUGCCAAUCAAAGAAGGCACCAGCAUUGCUGUGGUAGGGCCCCACUCCAUUUCGCGCAGUCAGCUCUUUUCCGACUAUGCAGCCGGAAGCCACUGCUUUGACGGCACUGACGCUUGUGUUCCUACCCUGGCGGAGGGAAUUGCAGCUGCAAAUCAGGGAGGAAGCGUCUCUGCGGCCAUGGGGGUCGAGAUCAACAGCAACAAGACUGAUGGUAUCGCAGCUGCCUUGGACUUGGUCCGGAAAUCAGAUUUUGUCGUCCUUGCUCUCGGGGAUGAUAAGACCAUCGAGACGGAAGGACAUGAUCGGGUUGAUACAGCGCUUCCUGGUUUGCAGGAAAGCUUCGCAAAACAGGUCCUUGGCCUUGAAAAGCCUACAGUCCUUGUUCUUGUCAGCGGAGGGCCGAUGGCAAUUGAUGGAAUUCUGGCAUACCAGGGAAAGAAGGAAGGAUCCGCAGGCUUUGCAAUUAUCCAGGCGUUCUUCCCCAGCCACAAAGGGGCUCAAGCGCUAGGACAGACGCUCUUUGGAAAUGAAAAUCGCUGGGGAAAACUUCCCAUUACCAUGUACCCACACCAUUACAUCUCGGAACAAGCCAUGACCAACUAUGAUAUGUCCUUUCCUCCCGGCCGAACAUACAAGUAUUAUCAGGGUAAACCACUCUUCCCAUUUGGCUUUGGCCUUUCCCUGACCUCUUUUGACUUCAACUGCUCCAAAGCAGGGGAAGAGAACCCCACCCUGGAAUACACUUUCCAGUGCAAGCUCCACAACACGGGAAAUUUGGAUGGAGAAGAGGUUGUGCAGGCUUACCACUCAGCUGUUGACAUCGGCAAGGUGGAUCAUACGCUGCCCAAGCGGGCCCUUCGCGAUUUCAAGCGGGUGGCCGUCCGUGCUGGCCAAAAAGCAACUGUCACCUUCACCCUGUCCAGCAAGCAGUUGGAGCUGGUCAAUAAAGUUGGAUCUCAAACUUUGUAUCCAGGUGUUCAUGCCAUUAUUCUUUCUCGCGGGCAUGCUGAAGAUGAGCAGAAGUUCACAAUCAAAAUUGAAGGAGAGGAUAUCACGUUCUUGGACGACAACCUUCGCAUCACCAGGGGUGGAGAUGGUUCCCUGUUUGUCCUCGAGAAGGAGGGUGACACAGGCCCAGCUUCCCAGUUGCGAAACAGGUUGCUGCAGGAACAAGGGGAGGCAGUGAGCCAGGGUGCUGGCGCUAUCCGGUGGAUCAGCCGGUUGGGAGUCUGA